AUGCCGCCGCCCGAGGGGCAUCAUGGCCCGCCCCCGGUCCCGCAUGCCUAUGAACCUGCCUCUGCCUGGCGGCCUCCAUAUGCGCCGCAUUAUGACAGUCAUGCUCACCAUCACGCCCAUCCCCAUGCUCCCGCCCCGGAACGCCGUCCCCCCCCACCACCCAGGCCACGCUCCCACCGCCAAACUACCCUGCCAUGCAUGGCCGCGAACUGCCACAGCUACACCUCGAUGGUCCCUAUAGUCGCCCCGGCAGCUUGCCAGGUUCAGCCGGCCCUGACCCUCACCCCUCACAACAUCCUUUUCGCUAUCAACCAGAACCCCCCCGGUCCGGGCGAGACGACGCCUACUUCCGGUCCUCUGCCUCCGCCCUCGCAGUUUAUGUCUCCUGCUCCAGUUUCCGCUCCAACCCCUGCACCUUACGGCCCUGACUACUAUCAGAGCGCGGCCUAUGGGCUGCGUCAGCGCAAGGCAGCUAGAGCGCAACAAGCAUGUGAUCAAUGUCGAGCGAGGAAAGCCAAGUGCGACGAAGGACGCCCAGAGUGUAGCCACUGCAAGGAGAAUGGGUUGAAGUGUGUCUACAAAGAAGUGCCAACUCACAAACAGGAGAAAUCUAUUCAGCCUAUCAUGACCCAGCUCAUGCAUUUUAAGGAUGAGGUCCUACAAGAUCUCAAGAGAAUUCAUAACGAACAGGAACAUAACGCCAACCUUCUCUCGCGACUUAUCAGCGGACAUGGUUCAACCGUGCCCGAUCAAAAUCGAUUAAGUCAAUCAGCUAUCCCGGCCCCAGCUCGUGAGCUUCCGGUGAAGAUGGAAUCGCAGGUCUUAGCGCCGAUGGAUCCGAUGACAGAGAAGAGCCCUUAUGGACAGCAGCAGAGGUUAGACCCAGCUACCGACUAUGUGAUGGGAUUGGAAGGACAGCGUGGUGUUACCAGCAUCUUCGAUCGCGGCGAAGACUCCUUCUCGGCCGACGGCUCAUUCUUGCCGUGGAACCAGAGCACACCAAAUGGAGACCUGAACGCUCACAUGCAAUCCGGAUUACCAAGCUGGGCAGGCUCAGCAUUACAAGACUCGGACGCAGAUAUCUCUCGAUUUGGUUUGCUGCGGUUGGAUGGGAAAACUGUCAAACGCUACUUCCACAGCUAUCUAGACCAGAUGCACCUGCUGCAUCCUUUCCUCGACCAGAGAGAGCUCGAACUCAAAGUGGAGGCGUUUAUUCGGUGCUAUUGCCCUACCGAUGCUAACUCACUCUGCCGUGAGAAGAAGCGCAAGCGCUCAGUCGAGGAUGUGGAUGGCAGUGGCAGGGAUGGUUCGACAAAGCCACCCGUGGGAUUGAAUAUAGAUUGUGCGAUUGUUUUGCUGGCCCUUGCCGUCGGCGCCAUUUGCGAGACCAAAUCUCCGCUCCCGGGACCCGUGAUGGAGAAGGAACCCGAUUACCGACAUCAAUUCAUCCCCGGUCCAAGGCAAACCAUCCCAACACCCGCUAACGGCACCAACACGAUCAAUGGUUUCCUUUCUCCCGCAAACUCAGACUCUGCUCUCCCAUCGAAUACAUCUUUCUACGCCCCAUUUGAGGCGGCGAGUCAUUCUUUCCCAUCCUCAGCAACAGAGUCACGGCCCGAUAAAGCUCCGAUACGACGGUCUACCAUUCAUGAUAGCCAGCCUAAGAACUACCAAGUGAUCCCAGGGCUAGCCUUAUAUGGAUAUGCGAUACAAUCUCUGGCAUUACUUCACUCUGGUAUCCAUCUGGAGCAUGUACAAGCGAACCUGCUUGCGGGUAUCUAUGCUGGACAGCUUGCACACCCAUUCUCAAGCCAUAGCCAUAUUCAUAAGGCUGCUUGGGCGUGCCAAGUUCUUGUUGCCUCAAAAGAGUACAAAGCACUGGAAGGAGGUCCAACACAGGAUCUCUUUAACUUUGUAUAUUGGACUUGUUUGCAGUUGGAGAGUGAUCUUCUGGCAGAAUUGGAUAUUCCCGCCAGUGGCAUAUCCCGCUCCGAGUCUAUGAUCCCUCUUCCGAAGGGAAGGUGGACGAUCAUACCCAUGCCGAACGACAUGAAAGAUCCUCAUGUUUUGAUGAUGAUGUUCUAUUCAGCCCAGAUUCAUCUCCGCAAGGUUCUUAACCGUGUCCACACGGAUCUUUACAAGGUUGAAAAGGAAGGUCAAUCUCGGUGGUCAUCCAGCGUCCAAGAAGCUCUUAGUCAGAAUCUGGAUCUCUGGCGUUUCAGCCUUCCCGAUAUUAUGAUCUGGAAAGACGAGGAUCCACCUGCCAAGGAGAUCAAUGCAGCUCGAAUGCGAGCUAAAUAUUACGGAGCUCGGUACAUCAUUCACAGACCGCUAUUAUACCAUGCUCUCCAUUAUGGCGGAUCUGGUGCGCGUGUGGAUGCGGUGGGUCAAACGUCUGCUGUGGACUCCCCCACGGGAUCAGUGGGCAAUUCCCAGCCACAGCAAAUGUCUCCUUCUAUAACCAAUACCUCCCACCGGGCGCAAAAUAUGACACGGAUGCUCAGCGACAUCGGUACAGUCUCAAGCAACCCUGCCGCUGCUUUCCCGAAUGGUUGGACGCCACCAACCGUCAACUUGCGAGACCUCCCUUCCAAACUUCGACGUGCCUGCAAGGUCUGCGUGGACUCCGCCAUUCUUAGUACAAAGGCCUUCGACGGCAUCGAGGAUCCGUUCGACGCUCUCAGCAACGCAUCAUUUAAAGAGGAGCCGUACAAGAACAUGCAGGAUCCACUAGAGGGCCACCGUAUGGAGGAUCCAUUCACCAUGGACCCGAACUUUACCUCAAAGGAUGAGAAGAAUCGACUUGUGGUUACUAAUAUCUUUGGUACAGCCCAUGCUCAAUUCGGAAACCUGCUCGUCCUGUCGGCAACGUACAUGUCCACCCUCUCCGAGCUCGUCGAUCGCGACGAGCUGAAAACACUCCUCAAACGAACCAUUCGCUUCCUCCUGCGCAGUGAACACAUCUCUCCAACCCUCCGCGCUGACGCCCGAAUUUUGACGGAAAUCUACAAGAAGAUCUUCCACCACUCCCCCACGCUGGAGAAACCCAGUACCCCUUGA